UUCUUCUCACUUAAUACCUUUUAUAUAAAUCAAAAAUUUACCCUGACACUUGAAUAUUAUCGAUGAUAAAUAACAUUUUCCCCAUAGAAAAUACAUGAUUGGUAAAUUAAAAAAUGAAAUUAAAAAGCAGAAUUGACAGUUUUUAUCUUGUUGGAACAAUAAUAAUGAUAAUAAUGAAGGAAAUGUAGUGGGUUUUUGGCACAAUUAAAAAAGAAUAGCGAUAACCUCGCGAAAAGGUCGACGGCAAAUGAACCGUUUACUAGUUUACAAUGUGUGUUAGUGCGUUCCCAGAAUUGUCGCGUUCUUGUCGUACCGAACCAACGAACGGUUUUCGAAAGAACAUGAAACUCCGUCGAUGAUCAAUUCGAUAAUUCGCGGCAGUGUUGAACGCCACUCGCAACUGCAUCAAUCGUUCUGAUUCACUGUCCAAAUUCUUCUUAGGUGAUUCAAGCAGCAAUCAAGUGAAAAGUGAUUGAAUCUUUAUUAAGUUUGUGGUUUGUGUGUGGGACAAAAAAGCAGAUCAGGAUCAAACAUGGAACACAUAAACAUCUUCCAUAAUGAUUCGGAAGUGUUAAAGAAAAGAAAAAAAAACAUUUGUUCGAGACUCUUAUUCUGUUGGACACUUCCAGUUUUCGUGAAAGGUUUGCAGAAAGACCUCAAUUUACAGGACUUGCAUGGUAACUUGAAAAAGUACGACUCGCACGCUCUGGGUGAUAAAUUGGAAAAGGAAUGGGAAUGCCAAAAGGAGUACACUGAUUUGACCCUCCAAAAAAUAAUCAUCAAAUUAUUUGGCCUCCGAAUUUUUUCGUUCGGUUUCAUUCUAUUCGUUGCAGAGUUCAUCAAGCAAGAUAUUGCAGCCGUUUUGUUUGGGGAAAAUAAUGCAGUUUUAUGCAUGCACAGAUAAAACAACGAUUUCUCAAAGAGAUCUUUUGAUUUAUGGCGGCGUUUUAGUUGCCACUUGCCUUGCCAAUGUUGUGCUGAUGCAACAUUACAAUUUUUUGACGUUGCUCUUGGGCAUGAACAUUAGGGUGGCUUGUUGCAGUUUGAUCUAUAGAAAAAGUUUGCAAUUGACCACCACCAAUUCCGGGAUGACAGUGGGACAACUAGUCAACCUGCUGUCAAACGAUGUCAACAGGUUCGACAAAGCUGUGACCUAUCUUCAUUAUCUGUGGAUUCCUCCACUGCAACUGAUUGUUGUCACUUGUUUGAUGUACGAUAGAUUCGGUUACUUGAGCGUUACUGGAGUACUGAUCAUGGUUCUUUUUAUUCCUCUUCAAAUAUACUUGGGAAGACUGUCGUCCAAAUACAGGUUCAAGAUUGCCCAAACCACUGACAAAAGAGUGAUGCUGAUGAACGAAGUGAUAGCAGGAAUACAGCUCAUAAAAAUGUACACUUGGGAACGUCCAUUUGCAAAACUGAUCUCCACAGCCCGAAAGCUCGAGUUAAGACAUAUCCAAUCAACAAUGUACAUUCGAGCCAUUCAUAUGUCACUGUCGAUGUUCAUGAAUAAAACAUCUCUAUUGUUGUGCAUCGUAAUCUACGUGAUGGUCGGAAUGGAAGCCGAAGGAUAUUUCAUUUUCGUCAUCACCUCCUUUUACAACAUCCUUAAGGAACCGAUGACCUUUCAGUUCCCGCGAGCCAUCGCCCUCCUGCUGGAAACCCAAAUUUCCAUGAAGAGGAUCGGCAAGUUUCUGAGCAAACCGCCAAAAAUGUACAAAACUUCAAUUCCAUCGGGUCCAACGUCGGUUCGCAUAACAAACGGAUCGACGCGUUGGCUGAAAAACUUAAACGAGUACACCGUAACCGAAAUUAACUUCGUGGCCAAUCCUGCUGAAAUGACGGCAAUCGUGGGGUCCGUCGGAAGCGGUAAAUCCACCCUUCUAAACGUGAUCCUGCAGGAACUGGCGUUAGAAACUGGCACCUUGGAAGUGAACGGAACAAUGUCCUAUUCUUCCCAGGAACCUUGGCUUUUCACCAACACCAUCAGGCAAAACAUAUUGUUCGGAAGCAAGUACGAUUCGCAGAAAUACGAGGAAGUUUGUAGAGUUUGCGCCUUGAACGACGACUUCAAACUGUUGGCUGCUGGUGAUCUGACAAUGGUGGGCGAGAACGGUGUUACUUUGAGUGGUGGACAAAGGGCCAGAAUUAAUUUAGCUCGGUCGGUGUAUCGAGAUUCCGAUGUUUAUUUAUUGGACGAUCCUCUUUCUGCUGUCGAUGUUAAAGUCAGCGAGGAAAUCUUUAAAAAUUGCUUCAAGAAAUAUUUAAAAGGCAAGACGGUUAUUUUGGUCACAAACGACAUGAAAUUCCUAAAAGAUUGUGACAAAAUUUACUUGAUCAACAAAGGACGAGUGGAAAAAUCAGGCACUUAUGAACAACUUAAAGAAUCCCACAUUUAUUUCACUAAUUCUCUACAAGAACAAACAUUCAACCAUCAAUAUCAAGAUUUUAGUAAAAAAGAUCAACAGACAACACACGGAGAUAGUCCGAUUUUCUUGGAAACUAGAAAUACUGGAAACAUAGAUCUAAAGGACUAUUUCAAGUAUUUCUCGUUUGGAAAGAGCACAUUUUUGAUUGAGUUGGCUUCAUUGCUUUUCAUAACUUGUCAAUUCCUCAUAAGUCUUGCCGAUUAUUUUUCCUCACUGUGGGUAAAAAUAACCCAAACAACUAACAAAAAUGAGACUUCUUACAAUGGAUUCCUUAGGCAAUACUUUUUGCAACUUUUCAUCAUAAUAAUCCUGCUGAUAGUAAUAUUAACCCUGAGCAGAUCCCUAAUGUUCAUGAUAUUCUGUAGAAGGGUUUCCGCAAACCUCCACGACACCAUGGUAGACUCAAUUCUUCAAACCAACAUAAAAUUCUUCAAGAAUAAUCCUAGUGGAAGGAUUCUGAACAGAUUUACGAAAGAUAUGGGAGCAAUUGACGAAACUCUUCCUCAAGUAUUGCUCAACACACUUCAGGUGGGGUUGAACGUAAUUGGUGUGAUUUUGGUGGUGAUUUUUGUCAAUCAGUGGUUGAUAAUUCCGACUGCAUUAAUUGUGACGAUUUUCUACACGAUUCGUUACAUUUAUAUUAACAGUAGCAGAGAUAUUAAACGAAUAGAAGGGACAACUAAAAGUUUGGUGUUCCAUCAUUUGAUCUCUUCUUUGAACGGAUUGUCGACAAUCAGAGCUUACCAAGUGGAGAAAACCUUAAAAAAAGAGUUCGAUGAUCAACAAAACAGGCAUAAUUCUGCUUACUAUAAUUUUUUAGCAUGCAAUGCCACUUUCGGAUUUUGGUUAGAUAUGCUUUCUGUUGGUUACGUUGCUGUCGUAACGUUUAGUUUCCUCUUGUUUGAACAAGGAACGUUUGGCGGAAACGUUGGCCUGGCCAUAACUCAAGCUCUAUCUUUGACUGGAACCUUUCAAUGGGGGAUGAAACAAUGGGCUGAAUUAGAGAACCAAAUGGUGUCGUUCGAGAGAGCUUUGGAAUACGUAGAUUUAGAGUCGGAAGAAAAAUCCAUAGUGGUUGUUCCUUCAGAGUCUUGGCCAGAAAAAGGAGCAAUCACGAUAAACGGCUUGAACUUAAAGUACAACGAAAAAGAGCCGUAUGUUUUGAAAAACAUCAACGUGAAGAUAAAUGCUGGCGAAAAAAUUGGAAUAGUCGGAAGAACGGGAUCCGGUAAAUCGUCGUUAAUUGCCACGUUACUUCGAUUGGUGGAUUUUGAAGGGGAUAUAUUGAUAGACUGUGUCAGCAUCCGUAAUUUGUCUACGAAUAAAGUUAGAUCGAAGAUUUCCAUAAUACCACAAGGUUCCGUAUUGUUUUCUGGAAGCGUAAGGCAAAAUCUGGACCCUGAAAACGAAAUAGCAGAAGAAACCCUGAACAAAGCUUUGGAAGAUGUCGGAUUAAUUGGCAAAGAUUUUUCUGUAGACUUAAAUUACAGUGUGAGCGAAGGUGGUCUGAACCUUAGUUUAGGUCAAAGACAAUUAAUUUGUUUGGCGCGUGCUAUUGUAAGGAAAAAUAAAAUUCUAAUUUUGGACGAGGCUACAGCUAAUAUUGAUCCAAUGACUGACGAUUUAAUACAAAGUGUCAUCCGAAAAAAAUUUAACAAUUGUACAGUUCUUACGAUAGCUCACAAAAUUAAUACAAUUUUAGAUUCGGAUAGAAUUUUAGUGAUGGAUUCGGGAAGCGUUGUACAGUUCGAUAAGCCUUCGACUUUAUUGCAGGACGAACAAGGAAUUUUUUACAGUAUGUCUAACCAAAACAAGAUUGAAUAAAAGUAUUUUAAGCA